CAUCAGAGAAAGCGACGUAUGAUUGUCGAACAGAUCAUCAAAAGUGAACAGUCUUACUUGGAAAGUUUGGAGCGUAUCCUCAAGGUGAUUUCCUGUCCAUCUUAAUGUGUUGCCGUACUGUCCUUAUUUUUCACCAAGGGGUUUGUAGAAGUCUGUUGUUACAGGAAGCAGGCAGUUAAAAUUGUACGAGCAUAAGGAAAAUAAUUUCAGUUACAAAUACAGUAUGGGCCAAAAUUAAUUGUACUGAAACUCUAGUAUUAUAUUACAGAGAUGUGUUGGAGAAAGGGGGGGGGGAGUUUUUCAGGGGAAAAAAGGUGGGGUGGGGGGGGGGUUAUUCACAAAGAAAUCAAGAUCAUUUUUGAUAAGAGUCGAUGAAAAUUAGUUAAUACAAUUAAAAUUAUGGGGUUGUCUUCCCUAAGGUUCCUUCUUUGGAUAUUAAUAGGUAAAUUUAUUAUUAUGUUUCAAAUUAUGUAACUCCAAUCUAAACUGCUCUAACAAUGUUACAUCUAUUAGGAAUAUGAGAAGACAGUUGUUGAAUUCAUCCACAACCCCAAGUCACGCUUGAAGCAUGUGUUUGCACCCAUGAGAGACAUCAUCUCUCACCACAAGAUGUUUCAGAUAGAGAUGUCGGAAUCAGCCAGGAAGUGGAAUGAGGAGGACAAGAUAGGAGACACAUUCACUGCUUCAGUACGUUGGUUUCUGAAGUAAUUCCAUUAGUUGGUAUAUUAGCCAGUAUAAAAAAAUAUAUGCUUUUGAAAUAAUAUAUAGUUUUAACUAAUUUCUUUUUAUCAUAAGUCUUGUUGAGUGAGUGGAAGUGCUAUGAUAUUGUCUUGGGUUUGUCUGAAGAAAUGUAUCUUUUUUUAUAAAUGAAAAAUUCAGCGGCCAUCAAUACAUGAGUUUUCCUUGCUUAUACCAAGCACAGAAGGGGCAGCUAUUCCAUGCAUGAUUAGUCCCUCACAUAUUACAAAACACAGAUGUGGCAGCCGUUCCAUUCAUCAUUGGUCCCUCUCGUGUUAUCAGGUCCAGAAGUGGCAGCUCUUCCAUUCAUGAGUAGUCCCUAACACGUUACCAAGUCCAGAAGUAGCAGCCGUUCCAUUCAUCAUUAGUCCCUUACAUACUAUCAAGCACACAGCUGCCACAGCUGUUCCAUUCAUGAUUAGUCCCAUAAUUACAUUGAAAUCAUUCUCCUCCCACCAGUUCUCAAAGACGAUUCUGGUUGAUGCCUACAGUAAAUACAUCAACAACUUUCCUGCUGCCAUGGAAGAGAUCAGGACCCUGAGGAGGAACAAGUCUUCCUUUGAGGAGUUUUUAAUGGUAGUUCUUUCUUAUUAGCUUCAAUCGGUUGUUGUGUUAGGACUGAUUUCUGUUGUAAAAGCUUUUAUAUAAAUAUCCAGAACAAUGACUACCUUCCCUCCCUCUUCAUCACCCACUGCAUCAUCAUAAUUUUAAAAAAAAUUGCCAUAACUUGAUCCGAGAAGUUAAUGGACGAAAAAUACAUUAAAACAGAAAAAAAACCAAAAUAGAUUGGUUGUGUAUUGGAAAUCUUGGUCCCUCCUUGAAGCCAUCAUGUUCUGGAGGUAUUUCAUAGUGAAAGCCUAAGAUUGAGAUACCAAAAGUUAUGUAGUGUCUGGUAUAUGAAUAGAGAUGACUAAAAGUCUGUUACUUAAACAUUUAAACAAGUAAACUACACUUCUAAACCAAUAAGAUGGGCAUUUGAUCAAAUCCAACUAAAAAAAAAAAAAGUACAGAGACUUUGCUAACAUCAAAUUGUAGUUAAACUUUCAGUAUAUAUAUAUAUAUAUAUCAAAGUAAAACUAUAAAAUAAUCCAGUUUUCCAAGAAUUUCAAUUUUUUAAAAAGUAAACUAAACAUCUAAAACAAAAAGAUGGGCAUUUAAUCAAAACCAAAUAAAAAAAAAAAAAGUACAGAGACUUUGCUAACAUCAAAUUGUAGUUAAACUUUCAGUAUAUAUAUAUAUAUAUAUAUCAAAGUAAAACUAUAAAAUAAUCCAGUUUUCCAAGAAUUUCAAUUUUUUUAACCUUGGGCAGGAGGGUGAAAAAUUUGUUAAAAAAUAGGUGUUUUAUUUGAAUGUUUCAUUUGCCGAAAGCUCUUGUUUAAAGAUAUAACAAUUGUGAAAUUCAGCUGAGCCGUAAAGGGCUGACGUCUGAUUCUGUUUGUCAUUGUCAAUUCACCAGAAACAAGAAAAACAAGGAGUGGACAGACUGUCUAUAUUUGGUCUUAUGGUCAAGCCUGUUCAGAGAUUCCCGCAAUUCAUCAUGUUUCUGCAAGUAAGGUGGACAGGGUCAUCCCUGUCAAUCUAUUAGAAGUUCAUAGAUUUUCAUGGAUAAAGUUUGAUUGUAAAAUAGCAAUUCUAAAAUGCUAAAAUUAAAAAUAUUUGGUUUAUCACUAAGUUUUUGUUAGAGAUAUUUAGUUAAAAUUCUGAAAGAGAUUCGCAAUAUAAUAAUUAUUUAGUAUGUAGGGCUUUGGCCUGCUUUAUGUCGUAUGCCAACCAUAUUUAUCAGCUCGUUCACGUGUGUCAUUAUGGUUCAAGCUUGUUCCUUGUAUCUUGUUAUAGAAGCAUUUAUUCGGGUUAUCUUUUUUGACAUACUAUAUUAUAUUACAAUAUAAAUUUAAGACUUAACUUUGAAAGUUUGAGCAGGGACACUCUGUGUUUUAAAUAUUCUUCAGGAUUUGAUCAAAUACACACCAACAAACCAUCACGACCGACGUCCACUUCAGCUGGCUCUGACAGAGCUUGAGAAUGUUGCCUACAAGCUCAACGAGCGCAAACGUCAGAGUGAGCAGCAGUUCCAGGCACAGCAGAUUGUCCACAAGAUAGUCAAGCAGAAAGUACAGCACAUGCUGACCGCAUUGAAUCUCAACCCGGACACCAAAAGGCGAUUUCUGCGAGCAGAUAUGGUGGAGCUAGUGGUAGGAACUAGAGUAGAUUGAACUAUUACUUAACUUUAGUCGACACUAUAGCAGUUAAAAUAAAAGAAAUAGAACUUUUCUAAAAGCUGAGAGGAACUUGUGAACUUGGUAGAUAGCUGCUUUAAUGGUUCUCCAAUUAUGUGUCAUUUAACUGAAUUUAGUUUAAUGUUAUUUUUUUUUUUUUAGAAUGAAAACAUUCUUUUGGCUUGUAUUCUUUUUUAGCUAUGGAUAUGCAAAACUUUAAAUAGUAGGAAAUGCUAUGUUCUCUCAUUUUUAUCGGUAUUCUCUAUAAAUAUUUAUAUUUUGUGUAGUGUUGGACUUCAAGUAUAUAAUAAAUGGGUCUUUCAAAUUUAUUAGCCCUAAAAAUAUAAUUUAUGACUCUCAGACAACUAUGACUUAAAGAUUGUCACAUAUUUGGAUGCUUGCUAAUGAAUAAAAAAAAAUCAAGACCCAAUUUCAUAUUUUUAAAAUUAUCUUUUUUAGAAUAAAACAAAUCACUAAGAAAAAAAUUGUAAACAAUAUGUUUAUAAUACCUUUAUAGGAUUCUUCAUUUCAGCUCAGAUGUCUUGAUUUAGUACAAUUUGAAUAAUUUGAUUUUUAAAAAAAAAAAAAAUAAUGUGUUCUUCAUUAAAAUAUUCUCUAGUCCUUCUAAUUUAGGGAUUAAAAUAUAAACUUUGUGACGUUCAUCAUGUUCUGCAAACCUUUAUUCAAGAAUGGUGACAUCAGCAACAUAAAGUCCAAGAAGAGACGCCUCAUUCUGAUGAAUGACCUGGUUUUAUGUGUCAAAGUUAUGACAAAGUAAGUUGUUCAAGCUCUGAAUGGAAGUGAAAUAAAAAAUAAAAAAAGUAAAGUGAUAGUAAUAAUACUAACAAUAAUAAUAAUAGUAAUAAUAGUAAUAAUAAUAAUAGUGAUAAUAAUAUAUAUAAGAAUGAGCUACAGUGACAUAACGCCAAAGAGCUUAUAAGAUUUAAGUACGUUCGGAUUCCUAAAAACAAUCAUAGUUAUUUUCUAUUAUUUUACGGAAAUCAAAUAAAUUAAAUGCGCAAAAAAUAUUUUAAAUCCUAUUUCGCCAAAACUCUUAGGUUUUUUAAAAUUUAAUAACCGCGCAUGACAAAACUGAUAAUGUAUUUCCCUUCUUAAAAGUAAAAUUAAUAAAUACAAUUAAUUGCUUUUUAAAUUGUUAAUAAAACACACACACAUUUUUGCCUUGUAUAUUUUAACAUUUAAAAAGUUUUUACUUUUUUUGAGUCCAAAAGUAUACUUUUAUUAGAUUUAUAACGUAGUAAAAACUAACCUCUAAAUAUAAUUCUAAUAAGAAAAUGCGGUUUAAGUCAAACAGUGCAGGCAACUCCAUAGCUAAAUAGCAUCACUAAUCCACUUAUACCUCAUACAAAUAAGAACGAACCAUAUGAAGUGCAAAAUAUGAUAGUUUGGGUAUGGAAGCGACUACAAUGAGGUGGAAGAUUUUCUAAAUUUAAUUAAAUCUGGGUGGGGCAGGGGUUGGUCACUUUUCCCCAGGCAGCACAAGAUACAUCUCAAAAUAAACGAAUGAUUUUGAUAAUUAAUUAACCUUCUUGGGUACAUUCGUAUCGGAGGUAGGAAAAAUGAUGUGUACAUUUUUACGUGGAUGACAAUAUAUUUCAAUCCUAUGGUAUUACAUUAAAAAAAAAGAGAUGUUACAUUCUCUUUUUACUAAUAUGUGUAUGUUCAUUUUGCUCAAGGCAGAACAAGAUACAUCCCAAAAUAAAGGAAUUAAUUUGAUUAAUAAUUAACCUUCUUGGGUACAUACAUAUCGGAGAUAGGUAAAAGGAUGUGUAAAUUUUUACGUGGAUGACAAUAAAUUUAAAUCCUAUGGUAUUACAGUUGUGAAACAUAUGUUAACCAAUUAAGAAAAUCAAUGGCGUUAACAAACCUUGGGUACAUUUAUAUAAUAUCAAAAUAUAUAUCAUAUAUCAAAACCCAAUCAUUUUACACACUUGAAAAUUAAAUUUUGACUAAUGAAGAUGGGUUAAUAUUUUCUUUUUUUAAAAAUUGAAAAUAUUUUUUUGUUUUUACUUUGCAAUAAGUAAAGAGGGGUGUAUUUUUAUGAGAUUAACAAUUUAAAUUUUUUUAAAAGACAGUCAAAUCUGACAUAGCCUUGAAAAACAGUUGCAAGAUUCUUCUUAGAUAAAAUAAUUCUUUGUUUUACGAUUUUCUGAUAAUGUAUAAUUUUUAAAAAAAGGCAAAAAUGUGUUUAAAUUUUUGAAGAAGAUAUCAAUAUUAUCGAAUUCCUGUUAUACAAAAUAUAUUUAUAUCAUAUAGAGAGUUUUUGUUGUAAAUUUAAGAUUAGGUUUUUUAAAAAAUUUUGAGAGAAAAAAGUUGUAAUUCAAGGGCACGAAAAGGGGUAAAUCUAAAAUAUUUCUGUAGCGUUGUAAUUGUCCCUCCAUUAACUUCUUUAGUGACAAAAGUGAUAUAAUUAGUGAUAAUUUAGACUGGGUAAUUUAAGGUCAUGUUUAGAGGGGGUAAAGUAUUUUAGGAGCGUUAAAGGAUGUAGUUUACGCGUAUUAUAUAUAUAGCAGAUAAACACUUCUAAAAACUUAAUGAUGUUAGAAACAUAAAUAUCAUUACAUUUUAAAAGUUAUGAAUUGGGAUGAGUUUUUGCAAUAGCAGUUAGAAAUUAUCGCAAAGGACCUACCAUUAUUAUCCCGAUAACAUCGGUUCAUUUAUUCUAGUAGUAAUAAUAGUAAAUUAAUUUGACACCAACAAUUUGUGUCAAUAAAGCAAUUUAAGGUAAGCUUUAAAAUAAUUUUACAGAGUACAAAAGUUUACGUUUCAACACACGCCUUCAUCAACAAAAAGACAAAUAAGUAUAAAUUAAAUUCACAUAUUAUAUAUAUGCAUAUAUCCUACCUAAAAAGAGGAGAAAAAAUAGGAGUGGGCGAAAAAAACAGACAGAAACAAAGUAAAGAAAAGUGGAAAAAAACACUUUUUAUAAUUAGUUAAUAAUAGUAAUAAUAAUAAUAUUAAUAAUGAUAAUAGUGAUAGUAAUUAUAGUGAUUAUAAUAAUAGUAAUAAUAAUAAUAAUAAUAACGAAAGUCCAAUAAUGAAAUCCUGACACAACAUUUCUUAACGUAUGAUUUUGUUUUCAUUAAAAUAGCAAAAAAUUUUAAAUAUAAAGAAAUAUUUUUAAAGGGUCCCCCCCCUUUUUUAAAAAGUAAAUAAAUUCAACCUUUCAACCCAGUUUUCAGUCCCAAACAUUACAAAAUAUCUCACUAUUGUGUGAACAAAAACAAAUGCAUAUGAUCUUACAUAAUAAUUUUGGAGAAGAGAAAAAUAUUUUUAUAAGCUGUAACUAGUUUUUAAAUUUUUUUUUUUUUUAUAGAUUUAACAAACUCUUUCUUACAUAAUUGAAUGAGAAUACAAAAAAAGAAAAAAAAAAGAAAAGUUUAACACACAGUACUUGUCAGUCAGCAUAGAUUAUCUUUCCCCCCCCCUACAACUUGUUUCCACAGAGAUCAAUCGGGAUUUGUCAUAGAAAAAUUGGGCCUCAGGUGGAUGGCAAACCUUCGAGAUCUGGAAUUGAAAGAAACGGCAAUAACGCCGGAGAUGCUGACCGAAGUAAAAAGGGAGUCCGAUAAAAUAGACAUCAUCUCAUCAAGGCUGGGUAGGUUGGAAGUGCACUUACAGAUCUGUAUGCCUCUCUGCUUAAAUGUAGAUAUUAAAAGUUGUUUGGACUGUGGUGGAGAUAACAAUGUAGAAAAUUACAUUUGAUUGUAAAUAAAAUUUGCCACAAUUCAACAGCAUGAAAUAAGUCUGAAAAAAUGUUUGUGUUCUUGUGAAUUUAAUUGUAAAAAUUAUUUUGAAAAGAAGAUUGUAAUUUUGUUCUUGUUUGCUUUGCUUUUUUUCAGAAAAGCCUGAAGAUGACCCAUUUCAUCUGUAUGCAGAUUUGACCGAGAUGUUACAUGACUACUCAGUGCUGAGUCAGAUUAGUGGACUGAUGGGCACCCUUAAACGAUCCUACGCAGGGCAUGUAAGGACACUGACAUGGACGGUCAACUGUUUUAGUUUUAGGGAGGAUGGGGGUUGGGCGUGGACAGCCCAGCGGCUCAAUGGUAGCAUUGUCUUCCUAUGGCGGCCCAGUGGCUCAAUGGUAGCAUUGUCUUCCUAUGGCAGCCCAGUGGCUCAAUGGUAGCAUUGUCUCCCUAUGGCAGCCCAGCGGCUCAAUGGUAGCAUUGUCUUCCUAUGGCAGCCCAGCGGCUCAAAGGUAGCAUUGUCUUCCUAUGGCGGCCCAGUGGCUCAAAGGUAGCAUUUUCUUCCUAUGGCGGCCCAGUGGCUCAAUGGUAGCAUUGUCUUCCUGUGGCGGCCCAGUGGCUCAAUGGUAGCAUUGUCUUCCUAUGGCGGCCCAGUGGCUCAAUGGUAGCAUUGUCUUCCUAUGGCGGCCCAGUGGCUCAAUGGUAGCAUUGUCUUCCUAUGGAGGCCCAGUGGCUCAAUGGUAGCAUUGUCUUCCUAUGGCGGCCCAGUGGGUCAAUGGUAGCAUUGUCUUCCUAUGGCGGCCCAGUGGCUCAAUGGUAGCAUUGUCUUCCUAUGGCGGCCCAGUGGGUCAAUGGUAGUAUUGUCUUCCUAUGGCAGUCCAUUAGCUCAAUGGUAGCAUUGUCUUCCUAUGGAGGCCCAGUGGCUCAAUGGUAGCAUUGUCUUCCUAUGGCAGCCUAGUGGUUCAAUGGUAGCAUUGUCUUCCUAUGGCGGCCCAGUAGCUCAAUGGUAGCAUUGUCUUCCUGUGGCUCAAUGGUAGCAUUGUCUUCCUAUGGCAUCCCAGUAGCUCAAUGGUAGCAUUGUCUUCCUAUGGAGGCCCAGUGGCUCAAUGGUAGCAUUGUCUUCCUAUGGCAGCCCAGUGGCUCAAUGGUAGCAUUGUCUUCCUAUGGAGGCCCAGUGGCUCAAUGGUAGCAUUGUCUUCCUAUGGCAGCCUAGUGGUUCAAUGGUAGCUUUGUCUUCCUAUGGCGGCCCAGUAGCUCAAUGGUAGCAUUGUCUUCCUGUGGCUCAAUGGUAGCAUUGUCUUCCUAUGGCAUCCCAGUAGCUCAAUGGUAGCAUUGUCUUCCUGUGGCGGCCUAGUGGGUCAAUGGUAGCAUUGUCUUCCUAUGGAGGCCCAGUAGCUCAAGGUUAGCAUUGUCUUCCUAUGGCGGCCCAGUGGCUCAAAGGUAGCAUUGUCUGCCUAGCAAGCCCUACAUCCAGGUUGUCCUCAGCCAUGUCCAAGCUGGUCAAAUCAAUGUGUCUUGGGGAUGUGUAAACCCUGAGUAAAAUAAAUCUCUGCCAAGUAUAUGCUAUGAUGCAGUGUGGAUGCUUACCAGUGCAAAAUCAACUACCAAGUUUUCAUUAGGGACUUGUGCCCAUUCUUAUUCUUUUCUUUCAUUUUUAGGUAUAGGAAGGUUAUAUGUAUAUAUAUAUUAUGUAAAUUUAAUUUAUGCUUAUAUAAAAAAAAUUUUUUUGCUGUACUGAUGAAGGCAUUUGCUGAGUAGUUUGAAUUUGUAUUUUGUGUAAUCACAAUUAAAGCUUAAGAAAUAUUGUUUUGUUUACACUUAAUCUCAUUAAUCUACUGAAAAGAUUUGUCUGAGUCCAACCCGUUUAUCUUUUCAAGCAUUCACGAGAAAUUAUAGUAAAGUUGAUUAUUUUCCACUUGAUUGUUUUCAGGGGCUCAAUGAGGAGCUAAUCCAUGAAGUGUCAAGGGACCUGCAGCGCAUGAUCCAACUAAAAGACGAGCAGCUGCGGCUGGUCAAUAGCUGCUCAUUAGUUCUUGAAGAUAAAUCCAAGUAGGUGUUGUCCACACUAGGCCUAACAUGCUUGGGCUCAGAUUUCAGUGAUGUCCGCUAUGUCAUAACUGUCAACCCUUCAUUAGCCUGCCUUUCACUCUCAUGAUCAUUUAAAUCUUACUCUAAGCCCUAGGCUCCUGCUCCUGGAAGCCAUGUUCCUUGGGCUUCUGAGAAAAAUUUACAAACAGACACACAAGAAAAACAAAAUUUUGUGAUCAAGAUAUCAAAUUUAAUUAAUUAACUAAUAUAUUUGUUUUUAAAGUAGUCCAUUAACAUUAUAUCAUUAUUAUUCUUAUUAAGCUGUCCUUAUAUAGCACAGUACUCCAGCCUAGGGCUAGGCUCACUGCGCUUCACAUAAAACUUAGCAAUUACAGAAAAUUAGACAUUUAAAAACAAUUUGUUAAAAGCUUAACCUCAUCCACCCAAGUACUAUCUACCCUUGUCCAACCAUGGACAGCACCCAGCAGCGUUGUUUAUUAGUUAGAAGAAGGGGGGGGGGAAUGAGUUGGUAUUGUAGAGUUUUAAGAGAUGGGUCUUGAGGUCAGUUUUGAAGGGAUGGUCGGUACAUUGGGGAUGUGUCAUGGGAGAGAAUACCAUUGUUUGGGGGCACAAAAAGAGAACGAUUGUUCACCAUAUGUCUUAGUGGAUAUAGCUCAGUCUUAUUUUUGUGUGGCUGUUGGCCUUGUCCAGAGCCAGCUUGGCCAUUAGGUACAUGAACUAUCAGCUCAACCACAGUUGACGGUACAUGAACUAUCAGCUCAAUCACAGUUGUGUUAAUUAGCUCAGUCAACUUGCUCUAAUAGUUAUAAGAUAUACUACACCAUUAUUUAUCUCCAGAUCAGACAAGCCUGUCACUUAUGUUAUCCAUACUGAGACGUCAUCCAUCAAGCAAGACUGGUGUGUGGACUUCCUUAUGGCCAAGCUGGCUCUGGACAAGGCCAACAUGCCAGCGUGGGACGGCACCAUCAACAGUGACGAUGACACCUGUGACAUCAUACCAGCUCAAUUUAUGAAGCAUCUCCUCGUGGAUGUGCGCAGAAGCUACACAAAGGUCAGCCUUCAUUUCCUCUCCAAGAUUCCCUUCAGAGAAAAUGGGUUGGUGUUUCAUUUUUAAAGGAGAAAAAGAAGCCUUGUGAAAGGAGAAACCAAGAAACUUUGCAGUGCACUCCUCUUAUACUUUAAGAACUUGAAUAAACUGAGAUAACUUUUUAUUUGUUUUUCUCCUCAUUUAAGAUCAAAUGUGCAGUGUCCACCUUCUUGAGCCCUGAAAAGUCCACUUUCAGUGUCGGCGUUCAGCACCUCUGGGUCUGCUCAUCGUCUCCAAACCUUGGACAGAUAUCCGUAUUGUCCAUACAGAAUUCCAGACCCUCACUGAUGGAAUCUUUUAAGUAAGUUUUCUAAGGAAAAUAAACAAACUUUAACCCAAUGCUGACAUUCUUAUUCAAACAACAACAUAAACUUUAAUUCCUCGGAACUGAAAAAAAAAAAAAUUUAAAUUCUGAACUUUAGAAAGUCUAAAAAAUCUCCCCAUGAUUUUAAAGCUUCAUGAAGACUACCCUCCUUUCAACUUUGUAUUUUUCAUUAAAAUCCCAACAGCCAUGACAGUAUCAAGAAAAAUAUGGCAUGGGGGAAACCAGUGUUUUACAUUGUUUUUAUUAUUAUUUUAAAAAAUAAAUUAAUUUAAUCUAAAAAUUUGUUUUUUUGAGAAAGUGUUAAUAGCAUCUGAGUAUUUGGCAGGGUAAUUAAAAUUAAAAAUUUAAACUUUUUGAUUUAAUCUGAUUGACCAAUUUUUGACCAGUACCUUUCUUCAUCUAAAUUGUCUUUUUUUGUGUGCGGUGCUCACCCAGUGCCUGCACGUGUGAGAUCACAGCAGUAGAGAUGGUACCUGGCUUUGGAACUCUUACUGUGCCUGAAGACUACAUCUUCGCUGAGGACACUGUUUGGGUGUCAACUGCUAUUAAUGAGUAAGUUUUUGUAACUUCAGUGUUACAUGGUAAGGAGUCUUGUGUUGGUUUUAAUUUUUAUCUUAUGUUCAGAUAAUUGAGCUAGUAAUAUCUCAUAUUAUUAUAUUUGAAUUCAUACAAAUAUUAUCCUUGAUUAUUUUGAAGUUGCACACUAAAGGUGUAAUUUUAAAAAAAAGAAAAAAAAAGCUCUCAUUAAGAUAUUUCAUAUUUACAUGAAGAACAAAAGUUGGAGGCCAUUGACUUGAAUUGUUCAUACUUGAACAGUGAAGGUAGAUUUAUGUGCCAUUUAUAUUUCUACUACAAAACAUAUCAACAAAGGUAUUUUAUGUACAAAUAGUGUGGAAAAAAAAAAACAACUUUUGUCUUCUUCAUAGAAUCCUGAUUUUUCCCCUGACAAGUUCCGAUGGAGUUCACAGGAGUGCUACGGCUGUUUUGAGAACACUGGCAGCUGUUGUGUCGCUAAAAUUUGUUGAUGAGAGGCUUUUCUGUGGCUGUAAUAAUGGUGUCAUGGCCGUGUACUCACGCCACGAAAGUAAGUUUAAAGUAAUUUGGAACAAAGCCUAUAAAAUAAAAAGGUAUUUAGGACACAAAUUUCAUCAAUCUAGCAGAUCACAAAAUUUUCAGCAAUCCAACAGAUCACAAUUUUCAGCAAUCUCGCAGAUCCAGAAUAAUUUUAUAUAUUUUUUUCGGUGUGUGUAUUCACCAUCAUAAAUAAAAAAUACUGCUAUAGGCCUAUGUAAAUCUUGUAGAUAUAGUCUCAUUGCUGUACAGUAUUUUAAAGUCAUUGUAGUUAAUUUUUUAAUAUUUUUUUAUAACUAAACCAAUGCUGCACAAAUAAAUAUUAGAGAAUUUUUUUGUCCAUUUCGCGUCAUGUCAUCUUAUUUGUGUGAGCUGAAUGGAAUUUGCGAUAGAAACCUGUUGGCACUUAUUCUAUGACAUUUGUUUUACAUCUACUUUCAGAGGGAAACUGGGAAACACUGACCCCAGCCAACAUGGAGUUUGGCAUUUCUUUUGUGAAGAUCCAUUUUGUGCACGAGGAAGAUCUCUACCUCUCUUGUGGAAAUCAGCUGAUUUUGCUCGACACUGACAGUCUACAGCUGACGGUAAAGUGUUUUAUUGGCUCACAACUUUUCAAACAACCAUCUCAUACACCUUUCUUUACUAAUAAUUAGCAUUUAUUAAAGCAUGAGUUUCUUUACAGGGUUCCAUGAAUUAUAAUGUCACAGGUGAGAUCAUAUUUAAAUUUUUAAUUUUAAAUGCAAGUAUCAAGCAUUGGAAGUAAUAGAAUGCAUCUAUUUUAUUUUAGUCUCUUGAAUAUUAAUGCAAAUAUAUUUUUAACAAUUAAUGAAGACAUUGCAUAACUUCCUUCUACACUUUCACCCCCCCAAGGCUCAGCAUACCUUGAUGACAGAGCAAGAAUCUGCCAUUGACUCUGUGGUGAAGUCGGGAGUGGGUCUGUGGGUGGCGUUCCAUGACAGCUCUGUCAUCAAACUUUUCCACAUUGAGAGCAUGGAGAACCUGCAGGAGCUGAGUGUUGGCAACUUCCUCAACAGGAUCCGUGCAGGUAGACCUUUAGUCUCAGCACUAGGGACUGACAUUCCCCGCUUUCAAAGUGAGGCAUUCAACAAUUUAGAAUUAGAUUUGUUUUGUUACGCUGUGUGUCAGCCAUUGGCUCACUUGAAUCCUGACACCCCAGUGCGUCGGUCCGGCAGAUAAGUGUUCUGGAGAGCCAGAUGAACAGCCCCUCUUUAAUAAUGAGCUUUCCUGAAAAAAAUAUUUUGAUUAUUUCUCACAUAAGUAAGUGUUAUAUAAUCGUUAUGACGUUUCACUAAGUUAAUCUGUAGUUUUAAAUUUGGCUCGUUAGACGAACGAUACGUCCCAAAGAACUGAAGACCAGUAUACAAAGAAAGACCAUACCAAAGCUAGCGAUGGAUCAAUGAUCAAUUUAAUUAUAUUAUUAAGUUGAUAAAUAAAAAAAAUCAAGUAUACAAAAAGAAAAACUAUAUUAACUUACAGCACAUCAAGUCAAAAAUGUUUAACACUAGAAAGGUACAAAUAUAAAUUCACACACACACACAGGUGAAAAGUUGUAAGGUCUCUUGUAUCUCUGGUAAGUCUCGUAAAUGUCUGCCGGUCACAGUUGAGAGUUUAUUGGUAAUGUCAGUAACAAAAAACAAAGGGGGAGGUGAGGUUGCAUGCCACGGCUCAACACCAAUCGGUUAACAAAACUAGGUCAACACACGGGCUAUAACAUAAGCAAGAGUAUAUUCACUAUUACACAUUUUAGUGAACAAAACUUUGGAUUUUGUUGAGAGAUAGAAAAAUUAUAUAUACCGUAAAAUACAUCCAGAGUAUUGGGAUAAAUAUUUCCUCAUUUACCAAAAAACUAUUGUAAAUGCUAAAAAUGACUUGCAGCUGAUAUACACUUAUGAAUGAAAAUGUUUGUUGAUUAUUUUUUAUCUCACCCCAAAGCUUUCCCUGUAACACACAAACAUACAUAUAUAUUUAUAUAAUUUUGAAUGGUUGAGUUUUUCCCAAUCUAACAUACAUUUGUCUUCACAGAGAGGCUGUGGUCACUGAGUGGAGCCACAGAGAACAUGGUGGUCACCAGCCUGGCCACCAGCAAGGGACUCUUGUGGAUAGGAACCAGCUCUGGUAUUGUGCUGACCGUACCUUUACCUCGUCUCAGGUGAGUAGUGCUCUGGUAUUGUGCUGACAGUACCUUUACCUCGUCUCAGGUGAGUAGUGCUCUGUUGGCCUCUGUCUUUCCGGUCUUCAGUUGGUUGGGAGCGUAACAUCUUAAAAUUUCUUAAAUGAAGCCAGUGCCAGUAACUUAUUUGCUGUGCUUCACCUUCACAGGGUUUUCUUGGUUACAGAGCACACAUCUAAAUUUAACAGAAUUUGAGUUGUUGAAUUUAUAACAAAUUUUAUACAAAUAGUUAUUAUUAUUAAAAGUAAGAGAUAUGUCUAGUCGUAUAAUUUUUGUAAUGCUCAUACUAUUUGAAGUAUAUCUUUUUUCAACUUUCAUAUAUUUUAUCAAAUUUUUAAUAUUUUUUUAAAUGAUUAAAAAAAAAAAAUUAAUUUAAUUAUGUACAGAAUAACCUAUUUCCAUUGCUUCACAAUUUUCCUGCUGAACCUUGUUUAUUUAUCAGUCAUUUCAGGACUUAAUCUUUUGUUAUGUGUAACAGUAAUAACGAUAUCAGAAUAUGUGACAUGUCAUCAAAAAUUAAAACUAAAUCAAUGAAAAAAGAUAAAAUUCUGAUGAGCACUCCUGUGACACAAGCUUUAAUUUUUCUUAAGAUGAUGUUAAUGGAUUAUUAUGGAAUCUCCCUACUUGACAGAAUAUGAAUUUGUUUUGUUUUUUUCCAGCGGUGGUGUCCCCUUGUACCGCGGCCGACCCCGUGUUUCACUUCAUGCUCACAAAGGGCCAGUCAAAUUUCUUAUUCCUCUCAGCUGCUCUACCAGCACAAUCGAGCUGAACAGGGGCAGCUCUCUGAGGUCGUACCUGAGGUCAAGGCCAAGCCUGAGAAAUUUGAAACGAGAACAAACAGAGCCAGGUGAACAAAAUAUUCCGGAAGAGACAGAAAAAAGCACAGAGGCGGUUGCAGCUGGUGUAAAAAAUGUUGGUUUUCAUUUAUCAACCACAAUGUUCAGUACUGACAGUCUGAGGUCAAAUACGACACCUCUGCUGACCGACAAGGAGGCCCAGGAAAUCAUUGCUUGGGAAGAGAAGUCAGGGUCAAAAGAACAGUUAUAUGCAGUCGAGCCCCCCUGCGACUCACAGCCAGACACACCAAAGUGCAGCCCAGCAGACCGCAAUCUAUUGUCCAAGAACAGAAAUACCAGUCGACAGAAGUCAUUUGAUGAGAGUAGGUUUGCGCUAAGGAGAAACAACAGGAGGAUAACUGAGACCGAUAGGAGGAGUAAGACCCUGUCGUUUCGCUCUGAGCUUGAUGAGCGAAUAGAGCAGUCGGAGCCAUCAGAGGCAGAGGAUAUACGAGAGCUGGAGCAGCUGUGCGAUGUGUUGCUGGAGGACAGCCAUGAAAGAGGCGAGAUGUCUGGUGACAUGAACAAUGCUGCCAUUUCAGGCGUGUCUUUGGAAAGCCAGAAUGUGGGAAAUAUACUAAGCCCCUCGUCCAGUAGCUCGAGUGGUCAAUCUGCUCUGCCAUCAUGGCUCAACAUGUCCCCUAACACCCACCAAGAACCCCCGCCAGACACCGAUCCAUCCGUAUCAAAUCUUUCGCCGCGUGAUUCUGCGGCCUCCCAGAGCCCAUGCACGUCCUCGUCCUCUGCAAGCAGUUUCAGAGAUAAUGAUUCUGGUCCGCUCAAAGGUAAAACUCUUGCCAGAAGUGGUCUGAGCAGGCAGACGAUGUCCCGCAAAGCCAGUAACAACGCAGUCAUCUUGCUGAGUGGAGGCGACGGUUAUUGUGAUCUGGACUAUUCCAGGAGCCAAGCCAAAACAGAAGGAGCUUGUGUUAUGUUGUGGAUAUAUAAAUUCUAA